ACAGAUACGUGCAUUUUCUUACAGCUUCCCUGAGCAACCAUGUUGUCUUACUCAUUCUGCAUGAUUGCAGCAGCAGUUGCUUUACUAAUGCCUUGCCAUGCACAAAACUGUGCAGGAGCUCCUGAGCUACCCAGUAUCCCUGGAGUUAGUGGACUGCCUGGUCUGGGAGGUCUCAAUAGAUAUUUAGGAGGUCUACUGCAGCCUUACAGAAAAGAGAAACUUACUGAACGUCAGUGGUUACAAAGACAGCAAGAUCUAUCUACUUCUUUUGACGAUGAACUCCGCAAUGUUUUGCUGAAUCUAAGACAACGACUUUUCCAGCUUGAAGGAGUGCUUGCUUUGAAUGGGAAAAUAAGAAAAGUAGGAGAGAAAAUAUUUGCCAGCAAUGGAAAGGAAGUCAAUUUUUCAUCUGCCCUAGAAUCCUGUGAAGAGACUGGAGGAACUCUUGCAACUCCCAUGAAUGAGGAGGAGAAUAAAGCUAUUAUGGGCAUUGUGAAACAGUAUAACCGAUAUGCUUACUUGGGUAUUAAAGACAGUGACACUGCAGGUCAAUUUAAGUACAUGAAUGGCCAACCUCUGAAUUAUACCAACUGGCAACAGUAUGAGCCUAAUGGCAAAGGGACAGAAAAAUGUGUAGAGAUGUACACUGACGGAAAGUGGAAAGACAGAAAAUGCAACCUGUACCGCCUCACAAUCUGUGAAUAUUAGAGAAUGACCUUUCAAGCACCUGAGAACGAACGUGGAGACCAUGAAAUACUCUGUUUCAUUCAGACUGAUGCAAUUUCUGCAAUUAUUCUAUGUCAGAAAAUCUAAAAUGAAUCAUAUUACUAUAUAUUUUUAUGCUUAAGAAAAUGCCAAAUGUAGAAGGUGAUUAACUUACUUAAUUAAAAUGUGCAUAAUCUGA